GCCGAAUUUCCCCGUCCCCUUCGCCUCGGCUGGUCCGAGUCGCGUCAUCCGGUCCCGGUGCUGUCUUUUUCGUGCUUUCCAUCCGGGGCUCGGGGUGCGAGGAAGAGGAGUACCAUCGGCACAUCCAAGAGCACUACUUCGGAGACACCCGCCGCAAGGGCGGUUUUGACUGCCUCAGGCAUUAUGAGCUCAUGGCCAAUGGCUGCAUCCCGAUCUUUCACGAUUUGGAGCAUUUGCCCAAGAGCAUCUUGAGAACCUUGCCCAGGGCCCUGUUGACCGAAGCUAAGGCCCUCUACACAACGCUCGGCGAGGCCGAGGCACAGCGCUCGCUGCGGAACCUGCGCGCGCAGGGUUUGGCGGAGGAAAUGCUCCGUUGGGCUCAGGAGAAGAUCAGCACUGAGAGCACCGCCAGGUACAUCCUUCGUACCUUAAACGUGGAUGAGUCCGAUGCCCGCGUGUUGUUCCUACCUUGCUCGCCCUUUGACAACUUCCCUUCCUACCUGACGGCCUCCGUCUUCCACGGCAUGGUCUCGCUACUGGGCGACAGGGUCAUCGACGUGCCAGAGUACACAUAUGCUUACCGUUAUGACAACGGCGGAGACAUUGAGGAAGACAUCCGGAUACGUGCCAACAUCUGGGGCCAAGGCUUCACCCUGGGCUUCAAGUUGGAUCAGCGCCCGUACCUCAACCGCGCCAACCUGUCCCAGCGCAUCCGCCAGCGGGAGUUCGACCUCAUCAUCUUCGGAAGGAUGAGCCCCUACGAACCCUGCAACUUCUAUGCCCCCUUCGGUGAUCGUGCCCAUGCGGUCCCCGAGUAUUACAUGGAUGUGUCGCGGUUUUACCCCAAGGAGCGAGUCGCUCUCCUUUACGGAGAUGACUCAGGCAUCGACGAUGCCGUGAUCCGCACACAGCUCUAUCGAAUGGGCACCAUGAACACGGGCCUCGGCAUCGUCUUCCUCCGAGAGAUGUUGCCUUUCGUCUCGGAAGGCGCCCCUGGUGAGACCCUGCGCCCGGUGGACGGCCGUGUGCUGCAGCCGGGCUGCUUCUAUCAGGAGUGGCUGACGUUCUUUGAACUUUGGCGAUCCUCUGCGUGUGAUGUUUGCCUAUCCUCCUGUGUGGUCGAAGGCAACUGCGAGGCAGUCGAGAAGUUGAAGCAGAGCUUGAGCUACGAGCUACUGCCACCUGAGGAUGAGGUGAUCCACCAACAAUUCUGUUGGGCUGGCUUUGUGCUGAAGGCAGCAGCUUUGGUGCAGUACUAUCAGCCAGAUGCUUGUUUGGAUGACCUGCACUGCCGCAUCUUCUGCGAGAUCUCCCGUGAUCGCUACACGCGUCUGCUGCAGAACGCCCCGUCCAACGGCUUCUUCCGAGAAACGGGAGUCACUCCACAGGAGGUGCUGCUGCUCCUCUCCCAGGGCUGUGCGUCUGGCCGUUUGGCGCUCACACUUCCCGCCGAGCUCCCUGGUCAGGAGAUCCUCUUCUUGUCAGACCGACCCUGGUCUUCACCUUUGAUGGGUGAAUGGCAAGCGCGCCUGUGGCUGGCGCAAGGCUUCCGUCUCCAUUACACCGGCAGCUCGGCAGAGGAGGUGCCGGUACGCUUGCAGUCAGCCUAUGAGCAGAAGCAUUUGAUCCUGGCAACCAAAACCGACUGUCGCUCCUUAAGAGCAUUCAAUUCAUCCGUCGCCUGGGCUCUCUUCGGGGACAGCGCUCAAGAUACUCGAGGGCACCAUGCGCUUCCAUGCUUGUUGGAAGGCUUCCAGCCACAGCACGUGAGUCUGGAGCGGGGCUCUGCGCACGCUGUGGCUCUCCUCCUGGCCGCGGGCUUUUGCCGCUUCAAGGUGACCCGCUGGCUCCUCCGGUCCUUGGGCAGUCUCUUCGGGGAGUCGGCAACCGAUGUCCAACAUGGCCUCCACUGGCAGAACGCCACCGCCCUUCUCAGCGAUGCGCCCGUGCUUCUUUCGGGCGCUUCGCUGCACGCGCAGCGCUGCGAAGAAAGACUGCGAGUGGGUGAAGCGCUGCAGUGGCCGGUGGUGGCAAGGGCCAUGGUGCAGACGGACUCGGGCCGCCCAGAGUCCGACUCGGAGGGCACGUCCGAUGCCGAAGACGAGGACAAGGCUUAUGUCCGGGUCUCACGCGCCGAGCUCAUGAGAGGCCACAGGCCUGUGGUGGUCUCAGAAGUGCCGGUCUACGUUGCCCUUGAGGAUCGGGAAGGCCGUCGCUUCGAGGACAAAGGCAGCUGCCCACAUGUGCGGUACCGGUGGAUGCGGGGCCCGGUCAUCGAGCCUUGUUUCUUCCAUCCUCACAAGAUGUCUCAAAUUCGUGAUGUGGCGAAGACCUACAAUUGCUACUGUUCACGAGAAUGCUUUCUUAGAGGUUGGCAUCAUCUUCCGCAACAUCUUUGGAGCAAGAAGCCCGACAGUGAUACCACCGAGGAGUUCCUGGCAGAGUGGACACAAGUGGCCUCCACUCGGACCUACUGCCCCUCGCAGUCGGACAUCAAUCGGCCACUGAGAAUGGACAUUAUCCCGCUCACCAAGGAUGGUCGAGAGUGUGAGAAGGGGAUGAUGUCGAUCACCACGGGCACCGUGAUACCGACGCCCAAGGAAGCGCGCAUGCGACAGAUGAUCAGCAAUGGAGGACAGUUCAAUGCCGAAUGGCUCAGCAAGCAGUUCAAGGUCAUGAACUGGAACAUUUUGGCUGACCUCUACGCCACGGAGAACGUCUACCCCUACUGCGAGAAGUGGGCGUUGUCAUGGAAUUGGCGGAAGCAUUUGAUCAUCAAGGAGCUCAAGUCGAUGGCUGCCGACAUCAUCACUCUACAAGAGGUGCAAAAAGACGCCUAUGACGAGUGGUUCAAGCCGACCUUGAGCGAAGCAGGCUAUGAAGGCAUCUUCCAAGCGAAGAAGCGUGAUCCCAUCUUCCAUCGUGGAAAGUACACCACUGAAGGCUGUGCGACCUUCUUCAAAGUCACUCGCUUCAAGCGCUUGGAUAAAGCCAUCUUCGACUAUGAUCGGCUCUCCCGCGAGGAGUUGCGGCAGUGCAGUACCGAUCCAGAAAUCGAGGCGAAGGCGGUUCACCGGGUAAACCGAGGGAACAUCGCCUUAGCUGUCAUCCUGGAGGACAAGCUCCAAAAGAAGAGCUCGCAUUCCGGCCAUAUUUUAUGUGUGGUGAACACACACAUCUUGUGCGAUCCCGCCGCGGCAGAUGUCAAGCUCUUCCAAGCGCAUUUGCUUUUGAAGGCCAUCCACGGGACCACCGCGGGUCGUGUACCGAUUUUGGUUUGCGGCGAUUUCAAUUCCACGCCCGACUCCGCGGUCUACGAAUACUUCCGCCGGGGCACGGUGAGACAAGAACAUGAAGAUCUGAAGAAGGAUCCUUGCGGCCUGAUGAGGCUGCUCAACCUGCGGAGCGGCGCUUGUAUGGCCACGGCCUAUGAGACCUGCACGGGCAAAGAGGCGACCUUCACCAACUACACGGAAGACUUCAAAGGGACCUUGGAUUACAUUUGGUUCUCGCCGGAGAAUCUCUCGGUCCUGGCGAUCUCCCAAGUGGACGACGAGUCGCAGCUCUCUCAGGAGAGUGCCCUGCCCUCGAGCACACGCCCUAGCGAUCAUGUGUCUCUUGUGGCGACCUUCAUGUUCCACGACGAGCCGGAACAGGUCAACCGCAGGAUGAUGAUCCCACCCCACGCCGCGCAUUCCGCACACCAAAUGGGGCACUACCAUGUACAGCAUGGUACUGCACCACAAGGUGACGGGAUGUACGCGAUGGGCGCCAUGUACCCGCAGCAGUACUUGUGA